AUGCAUGGAGUUACGCUUUUAGUAUUACUGCUAUUUUCUGCAUUAGCAACGGAAGAAUCAAAUUUGCUCGAUAGCUUACAUUUACCAGAAGAGCAUAUUCGAUAUUGGGUAAAUCGUGAUAAUGCAGUGCGAAAUUUAUGCUUCAAAAAUGAAAUUUGUCGUUUAAAGCAUACAAUAAACAACAAACAUUGUUGGGGUUAUGAGUCAAAUUGUGAACCAGAAAACAGUUAUUCUGCGCAAAAAACAAAAUGCACAAAGUCAAACAGUUGGGGCAGAAGCAGUACCGAAUCAAAGUUAGAGACAUUUCAAAAUCAAGGUGAUUUUCGGAAAUUAGCACAAACAUUUCACACUAUCGAGCCAAUUUGCAUUUCAAAUAAUACUGAAGGUAGUUUUCUGGAAUGUUCCAGUCAUUUAAGAUUCUGUUAUGCAAGAAACAUUUUCUUUGAUUUCAAAAGUUUGAAUUCGAAAACUUCGAAGAGGUACCGAAAUGAUGUGAUCCGGAAGGGACAAGUUGGUGGAAACUGUAAUGUACUGUUUGACGAGAAAUUGCUACAUAGCAGAGCGGAUGAAAAGAGUUAUUUGCAAAGUUGGGCUCAUGAAUUAGAGUAUUUUAAAUCGUACCGUGAUUUUCGGAUUUCGGAACAUCGAUGUGAUGUAGUUUUUGAUAAGCCAACAGUGCUAAUUAAAUUGGAUGCAUCAGUAAAUAUGUAUCAUCAUUUCUGUGAUUUUAUCAAUCUGUAUGCUAGCCAACAUAUUAAUGGUUCUGUUGAUAUGGAUAUCGAUAUCCUUUGGUGGGAUACGUGGUUUAAUGGCUUUGUUGAUCCCACAUUUGGAGCUACUUGGCGUGCUUUCACAGUGAACACACCUCAUGAAUUGAUUGACCUGGAUGGGAAAAUGGUCUGUUUCCGGAAUGCCAUGUUUUCAAUGCUUGCUAGACAGCGAUUCGGUCUCUAUUAUAAUAUGCCAUUAAUUGAUGGCUGUGAAGGAAGUGGCCUCAUUCAUGCAUUUUCUCGGCAUAUUCUUCAUCGUUUGAUGAUUCGACAAAAUGGACCAUUAUUAAAUAAGAUUCGCGUAACGCUAUUAUCAAGGAGUACUCCAUUCAGGAAAAUAAUUAACGAAGAUGAGCUAAUGGAUGUUUUGAAGAGUAUUCCGGAUGUUAUUGAAAGACAAAUUGAUUAUAACAGAAGCAUUACAUUUUUACAACAAUUGGAAAUAACACAUAAUAGUGAUAUAUUCAUUGGAAUGCAUGGUAGUGGUUUAACGCAUUUGUUAUUUUUACCGGAUUGGGCUGUCAUCUUCGAAUUGUACAAUUGUGGUGAUACGAAUUGUUAUUGGGAUUUAGCACGUUUAAGAGGUGUUAAAUAUUUUACAUGGACAAAAAGUGAUAAAGUAUUUCCAGUUGGUGACGGUAUACAUCCACAAACGGGUAAGCUACAUCAAAAAUUUCAGAAUUAUCGAUUUGAUCGGGAUGAAUUUCGAAGGCUUGUUCUGAUGGUAAGCGUGAUUUUUUAUGUUUGUUUGUAG